AUGGAAAAUAAACCUUACCCGUGCGAUGUAUGUGACAAAGCGUUUUCUUUAAAUGGUAGUUUAAAGGCACAUAGACGAACGCACACUGGCGAAAAACCGUACGCAUGCGAUGUAUGCGACAAGUCGUUCUCUGUAAGUAGCCAUUUGACGGCACAUCGACGCACGCACACUGGCGAAAAACCAUACGCAUGCGAUGUAUGUGACAAGUAUUUUGCUCAAAGUGGUCAAUUGACGGCACAUCAACGUACGCACACUGGCGAAAAACCGUACGCGUGCGAUGUAUGUGAGAAGACUUUCUCUGUAAGUAGCAGUUUAACGGCACAUCGACGCACGCACACUGGCGAAAAACUAUUCGCGUGCGAUGUAUGUGACAAGUAUUUCACUCAAAGUGGUCAAUUGACGGCACAUCGACGCACGCACACUGGCGAAAAACCGUAUGCCUGUGAUGUAUGCGACAAGUGGUUCACUGAAAGUGGCAGUUUGACAGCACAUCGACGCACGCACACUGGCGAAAAACCGUACGCAUGCGAUGUGUGCGACAAGUCGUUCUCUGUAAGUAGCACUUUGACAGCACAUCGACGAACACACACUGGCGAAAAACCAUACGCUUGCGAUGUAUGUGACAAAGCGUUUCCUUUAAACGGUAGUUUAAUAGCACACCGACGUACGCACACUAGUGAAAAACCGUACGCUUGCGAUGUAUGCAAUAAGUCGUUCUCAGUAAGUGGAAAUUUGACGGUACACAAGCGGAUGCACAAACAGAUAGGAUUGAUCAAAGAUGAAUUAUCCAAGUGUCAUAAUAUUAAAAUAAGAUAA